AUGCGCCACCUCGUCGCGGCGGCGAAACCAUCCCGGCGGCGGCAUUUCUUCUUCUCCUUAUCCCCCUACCACCAACUCUCCACCACGACCACCAGCGGCACCAAUUCCUCCCAUCUCUGCUCCUUCUACGACCCCGCGGCGCAGUUUCUCCCCUCCGGCUCUCCCCGGCACCUCUCCCUCCCCACCUCCCUCCGCCGCGACUCUCUCCUCGACCUCGCGCGCAUCCUCAAGUCCUCCCUGCAAUGCCACCUAGCUCUCCGCACCCUCACCUCCCAGACCCCCCCGCUCCAUGCCCGCUUCGCCGCCGCCUCCCGCCUCGCCAUCUUGUCCCCGGCGCUGCGCCCCUUCGCAUCCCUCCUCCUCGCCGCCCUCCUACCGGCCGCCUCCCCGCAUCUCCUCGCCUGGUGCGCCUCCCCCGGCGGCGCCCCGUACGCGGCCCUCCGCCUCGCGCUCCACGCCUUUAUCGCCGCCGGCAUGCCGGCUGAGGCGCUCGUCGUGCUCUCACGCAUCCGCAGCGUUGGGAAAACGCCCAGCCUCUCCGCGCUCGCGACGCUGCUGCGCCUGCUGUUCCGCGAGGGCAACGUCCAGGCCGCGUGGAAGGUGUUCGUGGAAAUGACAGCGAUGGGGCCACGGCCGAGCCUCCCCAUCUUCAACGCCAUGAUCCUAGGGUUAUGCCACAUGGGGCUCAUCCCUGUAGCUGCGGGAUUGCUUGGUGUCAUGUGGAAGUUCCAUGUUACCCCUGAUGCGUGCAGCUAUAACAUCCUGAUCAAGGGACAUUGUGUGUUUGGGCAGGCAGGGGAUGCUUUUGAGCUGCUUGAAAAAAUGCACAAGUCAGGGUGCGAGCCGACUGUUGUGACGUAUAACAUUUUGGUGAAUGUACGGUGCCGUGAUGGGAAUAUGGUGGAGGCAAGGAGGCUGUUCGAUGAGAUGGUGGCGGUGGGGGUCGAAGCAAAUACAAUCACCUUCAAUGUUUUAAUCGAUGGGUAUGCAAAGACUGGGCAGAUGGAUGAGGCUGAUGCCGCCUACAGAGAGAUGAAGGAGAGGGGAUUGCUGCCAGAUUGCUGCACCUUCAACAUUCUUUCUGCUGGAGCAUACAAGUUUGGAAAGACCGCGCACUUAGCACAUGAGCAGCAGGAGCUGUAUGAAAUGUUUGGUUCACAGAUAUCAGCAGACAAUGUAGAUAUGACGAUCUGUAGGCUUUGUUGGGAUGGACGAUUGGAUGAUGCCCGGCAACUUGUGUGUUGUGCAAUCGAGCAGGGUGCUCCAGUGAGUGUUGCAGGUUUUAAUGCUUUGAUUGCUGCAUAUAGCAAGGAGGGAUUUGAAGAAGCAGCUCUUGAGUUAUAUAAGCUUAUGAAAGAGAUAGGCCUUGCACCCUUAUCCUCCACUUUCAAUUACUUGAUACUGGGUCUAUGCAAUCAAGGAAGACUAGAUGAUGCACAGCUUUUGCUAGAACAUAUGAUUAGUAAGGGAUAUUCUGUUGGUACCUCAUUUACCGUUUACAUGGAUUCAUGCUUCAGGUCUGGUAAUGUAGAAGGUGCCUUGAAAUGCUGGGAUGAUAUGCUGAAAGUUGGUGGGCAGCCUGAUUUUAUCGCUUUCUCUGCAUAUAUCAGUGGCCUUUGCAGAUUAGAUCAUGUAAAUGAGGCUUAUCGGGCAUUUGUGGAGAUGACAAGAAGAGGUCUUGUUCCGAACAAUAUUACUUACAACUCUCUGAUAUCUGCGUUUGUUAGGGUUGGCCAUGUGGCCGAAGCACUGCAACUAGAGCAGAAGAUGAGGCAGAGUGGUCUUGUUCCUGAUGUUUUCACAAGCAACAUUCUGAUUGAUGGUUUUUGCAGACAAGGAAGGCUGGAUAUGGUGAAUAACCGUUUCUUGGACAUGCGCAGUAGUGGCUUAACUCCUGAUGUAGUGACAUACAAUACAAUUAUUAAUGCAUAUUGCCGGGCCCAGGAUAUGAACGGUGCCAUGAUUUUCAUGAACAAGAUGCUUGCAGAUGGCUGUGAUCCAGAUAUUUUCACAUAUAAUAUUUGGAUUCAUAGCCUCUGCAACAACCAUUCGAUGAAUCGAGCAGCGAGAGUGCUGGAUGAACUUGUUGCUGUUGGUUUCACACCUAAUUCAGUUACAUACAACACACUGAUGGAUGGCAUUUGCAAUGAUGUCCUUGAUCGAGCUAUGAUUCUCACUGGUAAACUGAUUAAGAUGGCUUUUCAACCCAACACCAUCACAGUUAAUGUUUUCUUUUCUCAUUUCUGUAAGCAAGGUCUUGGAAGGCGAGCCCUUUUGUGGGCUGAGAAGCUCAGAGAAGAUUCUGUUGCUUUUGAUGAAGCUACAAUGAAUAUACUUGACUGGGCUUCCAAGGAGAUGGAGGAUGACCUCCAGGGUAGAGUUGCUGAUAUUGACAAAUGUAUGUUUCUCGAGUUCUUAAUGCUCAUAACGUACAACACUAUGAGCAAUAAUAGAUCCCCAAAGUUUAGACAUGUGCCUGUUGAGACAGUUAUUGAUCCUGCCAACAGCAAUACAAUCAAAGUUUUAGAUACUGGGUAA